AUGAGCCUAGUCGUUGACUGUGUCUUUCUCGGGAUGACGCCGUUGUAUUGCGCAGAAGAGCCCACGGUGGAUAUUUCUAGUAUUGUUGCCGUCACAGGCCUCGCCGGACAUGCAUACGAGUCAUGGACCUCGCCCGGCGGACCGUGGAUGUGGCUACGGGACUUUUUGCCAUCAGAUCUGGAAACACGAGGUCAGAGCGUGCGGAUUCUGACCUUUGGCUAUGACUCGGGCCUCAUCGACACCACCGCUACUCCUUCCAUUCAGGACUACGCGCGAGCGCUGUUUGACAGCCUGAGCGGUGAGCGUACAGGUGACAAUGCACUCGCAGAUGCAUCCCAGCAGAAAGAAGAGUACGAAAAAGAUAAAGCCAUCUUGCGCUCGUGCACUGGUCUCUUUUUCUUCGGCGUUCCCAAUCGAGGACUUAAUAUCAGGAAUCUACGGACGCUGGUGCAAGACCAGAAUAAUGAAUACUUCGUCAAUGACCUGAGAGAAGGCUCGGAACUCCUACGACAGGCGUAUCAACGUUUCACACAAUCCGUCCAGCUCGAAGGCUGCCAGAUAACGUCGUGUUAUGAGCUCAGGGACACCCAAGCUGUGAUCGUGGACCCCCGAACGGGACGUUGGAUAACAGGCGAAAUGAUACGGGUUGUCACACAGGACUCAGCAACGUACGCUCUACCCACCGAUCCGAUCCACAUGCAGCUAGGGAUCGAUGCCGACCACUUAAGCAUGGUGAAAUUCACCGAUCCCUUCGACCAUCGCUACAGCAUAAUAAGAGAGAGACUCUCGCAGUGUGUCGCGAAAGCUCCAGGCAUUGUCGAAGCUCGAGUACCGAAACCUAUAUUCAUGGCCCCCUCGUGGGCGAAUUCAUGUUUCGUUGGGAGAGAGGAGGUACUGAGCCGGCUCGAAAAUCUACUAAGCCCCGACGGUGAAAGGCCACGGCGUGCUGCAAUGCAUGGACUCGGAGGAGUUGGGAAAACGACAAUUGCAAUCGAGUUCUGUCGCCGGUGGAAGAAAGCACAACCAGGCGAUCACAUCUUCUGGAUACACGGGGAAUCUCACGAAGCCUUCAACAUGAGUUAUCUGGAGUUGGGAAAGGAAGCGGCUAUUGAUGGGCACGGAACGACUCGAGGCGAGCCUUCGAGGCAAGGGUUGGGGGAGGUCAAGAAGUGGCUAGACAGUCCGGCCAGCGGUAACUGGAUUAUGAUCAUCGACAAUUUCGACGACAUCGACUCGUACCCCGAGAAAUAUCUUCCAAUACAACGUGGAGCGAUCUUAUACGGAACACGCGAUGGAGCGAUCGUCCUAAACCGUGCAUACGUCCCCCCAGAUGCUGGCGUGGAUAUUAAUGCGAUGACCGAAGCGGAAGGAGUUGAGAUGUUCUCAAAACUCUUGUCUAUCGAUGAAGCCCCCUCGCACCAUAUUUUCGAGCUUCUGAGCCAUUUGGAGAAGUUGCCUCUAGCAAUAGAACAGGCGGCUGCAUUUAUACGAGUUACCAGGGUAGGAGUUCUGGCCUACAUGGAGAUGUUCAAGGAAUGUGAGCGCAAUCAACGGGAGCUGUUGGAGGAGCAAUUACCGUCGACAAAUCUGGACCGCAGACCGGAGUCGCGCGCGGUGAUGACAACGUGGAGACUCACCUUUAGUAAAAUCCAGGAUACGAGCCCUGAUUCGGUGAAGUUGCUGGAAUAUAUGAGCUUUCUCAGUUCAGACGACAUAUCCGAAGAAUUACUGAGAGGUCUACCAUUCCUCAGCAACCAAAGUGACGUACGAUUCAAAAAAGCCUUUGGUCCACUUAUCUCCUUUGCCCUGAUCUACAAACUCGAAAGCCCAAGUUUUCGUCUACACCGCCUUGUCGGAUUAUACAUCCGGACAAAAAUGGAUUCCGAUGACCCACAUCGGAGAAAUCAUCUUCUAAAAAUCAUUUCUGAGAUGUUGAGCAACAAUUUCCCACAUGAUAUGUUUGGAAAUUACGCACGGUGCUUAUACCUUUUCCCCCACGCAGCGGCCGUAGUGAGCCACGACGGGAAUGCCACCAUUAGUAAUCCUCCUCGCAACUUAAAAAUACUUUUAAGCCUUUUUAUGUUAGACAAAGGGGAUUUUCCCGGUGCUUUAGUCGGGCUCCAAAAGCAGCUUGACUUAUGGGAGAACACCCUCGGAAAAGAACACCCAGACACUCUCAGAAUCGUCAGCUACAUGGCCAUAGGGUUUUUGUACUUGGCGGAUUAUGACAAGGCGUUGGUGUGGUAUCAGCGGGCGCUUGACGGCAGAGAGAAGGCCCUCGGAAAAGAUCACCUACACACUCUCAACACUAUUACAGACAUGGCUGGGGUGUUUAAAUUACAGCGGGAUUAUGACAAGGCGUCAUUGUUUUAUCAGCGGGCGCUUGAGGGCAAGGAGAAGAUCCUCGGAAAAGAUCAUGCAGACACUCUCGACACCGUCACAGACAUGGCCGACAUGUUUACCUCGCAAGGGAAUCAUGGCAAGGCGUUGGAGUGGUAUCAGUGGGCGCUUGACAGCAGAGAGAAGAUCCACGGAAAAGAUCAUCCAGACACUCUCCGCACCGUCAGCGACAUGGCCUGCGUGUUUACAUCGCAGGGGAACUAUGGCAAGGCGCUGGUGUGGUAUCAGUGGGCGCUUGACGGCAGAGAGAAGACCCUCGGAAAGGACCAUCGGGACACUCUCGACACCGUCCACGACAUGGCCGAUGUGUUUACCUUCCAUGGGGAUCGUGACAAGGCGCUGGUGUGGUAUCAGCGGGCGCUUGAGGGCAAGGAGAAGAUCCUCGGAAACGAUCACCUAGACACUCUCGGCACCGUUACAGACAUGGCUCUGUUGUUUACCUCGUGGGGAGAUUAUGGCAAGGCGUUGAUGUGGUAUCAGCGGGCGCUUGACAGCAAGGAGAAGACCCUUGGAAAAGACCAUCCAGACACUCUCGACACCGCCAGAGACAUGGCCGCCUUGUUUACCGUGCAGGGGGAUCGUGACAAGGCGUUGGUGUGGUAUCAGCGGGUAAUUGACGGCUAUGAGAAGGUACUCGGACACGAGCAUCCCACUACUCUUAGGGCAAUAGCAAGUGUGACCAACAUCUUGGAUUGGAAACGUAGUUCCGGCAAUGCCUCGAUCGUGCCUGCGCAGGCAGUUGAUGACUCCGAUUAG